CUCCCCCUGGUUCAAAUGUCCUGCUCCACAGUGUCUCUCUCCACACAGAGACAGAUGAACCCUGAAUCAAACAUGUUCUCCUGCCAGAGCUUCAUCAUCAGCAUCACGCUGCUCGCCGCUGGACUCAACCUCCUGAGCUUCGCAGUCCCUCUGCCCUCUGAAGACUCAGUGAUGGACAACAGCACCGACCGACUGAACGGAUCCACCUUCCUGUACUUCGCUUACGGCAGCAACCUCCUGAAGGAGCGACUGCAGCUGAAGAACCCAUCCGCCACCAUCCACUGCGUCGCCAAACUCAAGGAUUAUAAACUGGUGUUCGGGAAUCAUAAAGGACUGGCGAGUCAGCGCUGGCAGGGCGGCGUAGCGACCAUCGAACACAGCCCAGGGGACGAGGUUUGGGGCGUCGUGUGGAGGAUGAACAUGACGGACCUCGAGUCCCUCGACAGGCAGGAGAAUGUGAAGAUGGGCACCUACAGCCCAGUGGAGGUGAACGUCUCCUCCAUCAAAGACGACUUCAGCUGUCGGACAUACAUCAUGAACAGCUGUGUUUAUGCACCACCUUCACCGCAGUAUCUACAGGUUAUUAUGAUGGGUGCGAAGCAGAACGGGCUUCCAGAGGACUAUCAGGAGAAACUCAGGUCUAUCGAAACCAACAAAUACGAGGGACCUCUUCCUGUGAUGGAAGAACUGGGGGAAGCUUUGAAAAAAUCCAAAGAAAGGACAGAAGAGGAUGAUUAGCGUGAUGAAUGGUGUCGAUUACAGAAUGUACUCCACAUGGUUCUGUCGUUCACGCAGACGAGGGGAAGGAUGUGCAGCAUUUGUAAUAUAUGGCAGCAAAACAUAUGCAUAAAGUAUUUUAGCUGGCA